CCCUGCCGUGGCCGGCGGCGCAAAGGCCGGCUCCGGCAGACGAUGCGGCUGUGCGCCCAGGAUGCUGUCGCGUUUGCUCCUGCUCCUCACCGCGCUCGCCAGCCUGCGCCAGGGCUCCCGCGCACACGGGACAGAGCUGCCCAGCCCCUUUUCUGUGUGGUUCGAAGCCAGAUUUUUUGAACACAUCCUCCACUGGACACAUAUCCCAGAGCAGUCCAAGAGUACCUACUACGAAGUGGCACUCAAGAAGUACGGAACCACAAUGUGGAAAGACAUCCACAGCUGUCUUUCCACCCAGGCAUCGUCCUGUGAUCUCACCAAGUUUACCCUGGAUCUAUACCGCAGCCGUGGCUACCUGGCCAGAGUCCGGGCAGUAGACAACAACAAGUAUUCCGACUGGACCGUCACUGAGACCCGCUUCACAGUGGAUGAAGUGAUUCUGACGGUCGGGAGUGUGACACUGAAGGCAACCCAUGACCACGUCUAUGGGAAGAUCCAUCCCCCCAGGCCCCAGAUAGUCCCUGCAGGUGAUGAGUACGAACAGAUCUUCGAGAAUUUCCGCAAAUACAUGGUUUCCGUCCGAAAGAUUCAGGAGGAGAAGAACACAACCAUGACAGUGGAACAGGAGGACUUCUCCCUCGAAGUGCCCAGAGAGAUGGGAGAGUUUUGUAUCAAGGUGAAGCCCUUGGUGGAAACCCGAAGUAACAGAGCAGAAUGGUCAGAGGAGCAGUGCUUACAUCUCACAGAGCAAUAUUUCACCUUGACCAACCUCAGCAUCCUCUUCACUUCCAUCCUGAUACUCUGUGGAGCCCUGGUCUGCCUGGCUCUCCAGCACUACAUCCGGCGCCGCCCGGGGAAGUUGCCUGCAGUCCUGGACUCCAGCCCACGGGAUAGUGUCAUAUCCAGGGUCUUCGAGAAGCCCCACGACUUCCUCCCAGUCAACCCUGUCUGCCCAGAAACUCUCAACACUGUCCACAUCCUGGACUUGGAGGACUUCCGGAAGGUGUCCCCAGAGCUGAGAGACUCAGUCUUGCAUGGCAGCACCGAUAGUGGCUUUGGCAGUGGCAAGCCUUCACUGCAGACUGAAGAGACCCAGUUUCUCCUCCCUGGUUCCCACCUCCAGGCACAAGGGACUCUGGGAAAGGAAGAGCUUCUGGAGCUACAGGACAGCUGUGGGGACAACACAGACAGUGGUAUCUGCCUGCAGGAACCCAGCUUACAUUCCAGCAUGGGGCCCACCUGGAAGCAGCCGUUUGGAUUCACCAGUCAGGGCCAGGAAGACAAUGAUAUUAACUUAAUCCAGAGUUCUCCAGGACAGCCUAAGAACACACAGAGUAGCUCUGCCUUGGACCAUGUCCAUCUCCUAGAACCUGGAGUCCCUGAGGAGAAAGACCAAGUCACGGUGACUUCCCAGGGCUACCAGAAACAGACCCAAUGGAAGGAAGGGGCAGCAGACCCAGAAGAACACGUGGACAAAGAGAUUUCCUUGACAGAUGGUUUUGACCCUAAACUCAGGGUGUGCUUGCAGGCUGAAUUAACUUGUCCUCCACCAGCUCUGGCCAAGGGUUAUUUGAAACAGGAAUCCCAAGGGGUGACCCCGGCACCAGCAGGGACCCCAAGUAAGCAAUGGAGUCAGCUGACUGAAGAAUGGUCACUCCUGGGUGUGGUUAAACUUGCCCCCAUGGACUAUGGGGCAGCCCCUGGUGGCCUCCUGGAUAGCUUUGACUCUAACCUGGCCACCCUGCCACUGAUCUCCAGCCUGCAGGUAGAGGAAUGACAUGGCCUAAGGGCUUGCUGUAUUACAGCCAUGCCUGCUCUACUGCCUGCACUAAGAGGGCCCCGGGGUCAAAGAAAUGUGUGGGCCUUUUUCUACAAAUCCACAUGGCCAGCUAGCCAGGCCCCACAGGGCAGGAAAAGGCCAUCUUGCUGGGCAAGUGUCCAGUACCUGGGAUGUUGUGUCUGCUUCUGCUGAGAUGGGCCCUGCAGACAGAGACCUCACUUCUCAGGGCUGGGUUCUGUACUGGAAGAACCUGUGUUUGGGGGGAACCCCAGGGAUUUCUAGAUAUGGUAAGGUUACCAGGCUGAAGUCAGAGCAACCUGGAGGUCCACAGAAGAGUGGGAGUAGCCAGCUUCCUGCAGAGUACAGAGGGAGCAGGAACCAGGCUUAAUGUUGUCACGUAGAGAUACGUCCCCAACUUGCACAUGGUACCUGUAACUGGAAGAUCUUGAGGUGCAUGCCACCCUGAAUGAUCCGCCAGCUACUUCAGAACCAUAGGGCAAAAGGGACUGAGACCCACAAUAUGUGGCUCUUGUGUGGUGUCUCUACUAUCCAUCUGCAGACAUCUCCCUGUUUUUGACAUCUGUGUCCCCCUGGCUUAUCUUCAGUGCCCAAGCCAUUGCUCCUUGCUACUCACUAUUGUGCUGACAGGCCAGACAAACUAUGGUUGUCUAUGUUAGCACACUACCCUUUAUGUGGCCUUUGGGCAUAGACACUGGCCCAGCCUUAGGACUUAGAUAUCUGUAUUUGCUGCUAUUUUCUAACUACAGACCCAGAGCACAGGGUACUGGGCUGGCAAGACCUUGUUCCAGCAGCUUCUUCAGAGGACUAAAAUAAGAGUGAAUCGUUAGGAAGUCCCUCAUGCUGAAUGUUAGACAAGUUGGCCCAGGGGUGACAUUUUUUAUUUUGCCAACCUCUGGGCUAGGAGGAAGUAAACUGUGGAAACCAUAUGCCCACAGGUAGCUUCUGCCUCAUGCCAAGGUCUCAGAGAUCUUGCAGGAGCUUAGGCCCUUGUGCCAAGAUAGCUGCUACUAACUGGGGCUCAGGGCUGGUCCCACUUCCCUAGACUGUAUUUGAGACCUUGCUCAAACAAAGGCAGUUUGCAGCCGCCAAGCAAGGAUGCUGAAGAAAGCUCACAGUGCCUAUCCCUGAGCCCAGAGUUUCUCUGAAGCCUUCCAAAAACAGGCUGUGUGACCUGGGGGAGUCAGCCAUGAACUUGCCACUCUGCCAAGAAGGUCACGAUGCCAGUCUGGCACCAGAGCUCCUUCUGAAGUUGGAAGGACUCCUUGGGAUUGCCUAGGAACCUUUAUUUAUUUAUUUUGCUCACUUAUUUAUUAAAGAGGCAGCAUAGCGCAGGUGCAGGGCGCAGGGUCUCUUAGGAGCUCUAGUCUUGACUGCACUGUUUCUAGCUGUGUGACCUUGGGCAAGUCACAGUUUCCUCUUUGCGCCUCAGUUCCUGUCUGCAUGUAAAACUUGAAAAGUUCCCAACAAGCCCAAUCCCUCGGACUGUGGAGUCCCACCGAGAAACUGGACAUGAAUGUGCCCCCCAAUGGCGAGUGAAUGGUGCGUGUUUUCAGUCCAAUAAAUGGGUGUUUUGUAAAAACCA